UGCGUGUCCGUUGUUUCGUUGUUGUGAUGAGAGAUAAAGUUGUUGGGCGUGGAUGUUUGGUUUACCCAAGGGAAAUUGCUGACUGUGAUCUCCAAUUUUCUUAUUUAUAGGCCUUCCGCGCGGGCGUAAACAAGCAGAGAAGAAGAUGGCCUCCAACAAUAGUACCCCCAGCCCCAGCCCCAGCACCAGCACCAGCAAGCUUCGGGUCCUGCUCAUCCCCUACUUUGCAACAAGCCACAUCGAUCCCUUCACCGAGCUUGCCAUGCGCCUCGCCGCAGCAAAUGACGCCGUAGAAGCAACCGUGGCGGUCACUUCGGCCAACGUGUCGAUCGUCCAGUCCUUGCUGCAGGACCGUGGGCAUCAGGGUGUGAAGAUAGCGACCUAUCCGUUCCCGACUGUGGACGGCAUCCCCAAAGGCGUCUAGAACCUCGGGAAGGUUGCCACGCCGGAAGCCUCGUUGCGCAUCCGCAAAGCUACCCUAGUGGAUGCCGUGACGCGCCCCGCGCAGGAGACGCUCAUCCGGGCUCAGUCUCCGGACGCGAUCAUCACCGACAUGCUAUGCACCUGGAACGGCAGCAUCGCGGACGAGCUGGGUGUGCCGUGCGUCACAUUCAGUGUGAUGGGCGCCUUCUCGAUGCUUGCUGUGCGUCACCUCGCGGACGAGGUUGGCAAUGACGAUGCCGUGAGGGAGGUCCCUCGGUUCCCCGUCCCGCCUAUACGGAUACCGAGGGCCGAGUUACCAAAUUUCUUGAGGACACACCACUACUCAUUCAUUAACUCGUUGAACUCACUUCAAGCUGACUGCUUUGGCCUCGCCAUGAACACUUCAUCAGACCUGGAGAAGCCUUAUUGCGAGAUAUACAGACGCCAGGGCUACGUGAAGCGCGCCUACUUUCUAGGGCCUGUUGCGUCAUUGCCCUUGCCCGCAGCCGCAGCCGCAGAGGAGAGGAAGGAGAAGGACAAGAAGAAGAACAAGUGCAUCAUCAUGGAUUGGCUUGACUCGAAGCCAGACCAUUCGGUGGCGUACGUCUCCUUCGGCAGCAUGGCGCACGCCAAGGAUGCUCAGCUGGACGAGCUUGCUCUUGGGCUGGAUGCCUCGGGGAAGUCGUUCCUGUGGGUGGUGAGGGGCAAGGAGGAUUGGAAUUCACCCAAGGGGUGGGAGGAGCGCGUCCAGGUCCAGGAUAGGGGGCUCAUCAUCAGAGCCUGGGCUCCACAGACAGCUAUACUAGGGCACCCGGCAGUGGGUGCAUUUGUGACGCACUGUGGGUGGAACUCCAUCCUAGAGACGGUGGCGGCUGGCCUGCCUGUGCUCACAUGGCCCGUCUUUUUUGAGCAGUUCAUCACCGAGAGGCAGGUGACGGAGGUCCUAGGGAUCGGGGAGCCGCUGUGGCCGGAUGGCGCCGCGGCCGGCCUACGCAGUGAGAGAAACCAAGAACACGAGGUUGUUCCGGGCCAAAACGUGGCACGGGCAUUGACGGGGUUUAUGGGCGCCGGAGGGCGAGGGGACGCUGCGAGAAUCAAGGUGAUGGACCUCGCCGCCAAGGCACGCGCAGCCGUGGCACAAGGAGGCUCCUCCCACCGUGACUUUCAUCGUCUGGUUGAUGAUCUCAUGGCGGCAGCAGCAGCUAAGAGGAGGACCUUUAUGCAUCCAUUCUCUCUCAGCCGCACCUCCAUCUGUGUCAGUUUAAUUAAUUAAUUAGUUAUCGCUACUAGUACUGAAAUAAAAGAAACCAAGGAAAGAGCACAUGCAUACAACUACAAGGUAAUGGCUGGCCUGGCCCCAUGAGCAUUGUAGUCAAUAGUUUGCUAUUUUUUUUCCUGUUUCCAGUUUGUAAUGCCUGCUUGGGCACCCCUUCAUAAAAUCAGCGGCCAGCUGCUUUAUCGUAAAAGAAAAAUGCGAUUUUGCUAAUUUUCAGUCGGAUGGAAUUAAUUGGCUUUCAUUCUUUUUUUUUCCGUCCGAUCACACUGUUGAGAUUCAUCCAGUUCUGUUUUUUCCAGCUCUCGUGCUGUUUCGUUCUUAUCGGGCCCGCAAACUUUUUAGGGAGACCCGUUAAUUUUGUGGGUCAUUUCUCCUGGUCUGAGUCCCAUUUGUUUUGAACUUCUCUUUUCUCUCCCCCAUGUAGCUGCCUUUGUCUGUUUCCUUCCCCAUUUCCUUAGGCGAG